AUGUCACUUCCUCCAGCCAAUUCUGAUCCAAGAGUUUAUCAAAUCCGUCUAACGACUCAAAAUUUAUAUUCGCUACUAUUUAACUCUUUCCAAACAAUCUCCAAUUUAGCUUCAACUUAUAAUCAAAUUGCAACUGCAUCAACUAACAAAGUUUUAAAAGAUGAUAUAGCAUGGCUUAAAGAAUCAAUUGAUAAAGAUAUUGAAAAACUCAACGCAUUACAAAAACAUUUACAAUUCUUGAACGCUCAAGAGACCAUAACAACUCCUGGUGAAUUAUUAAAAGUUUUCAAUGAGAUUACAGAUUUUGCACAAUUGAUAUUAUUAGAUGAUUUAAUUACAACUUUAGAAGGUAUUGGAUCUGUUAUAACUGAAGAUGAAUUGAUGAUUGAUGGCGUGGGGUUGAAAGAUGUUGUUAUACUGCUGAAAAAAUUCAGUAUAUCGUUGAAAUUGGCUGUUGAUCCAUUGAAGAAAUUGAAAGAUGAGGAAGUUUCAGUUAUUCAACUUGAAAAAAGUGAAGUCAUUAUUACUGAAAGAGUUGAGGAUUUGAAAAAAAGAGUUACUGAAUUGGAAAAUAUCAUAAAUUAG